AAGUCUUUGUGUGACAUAGUUGAGAGUUUGGGAAGUAAUGGGAGACAACAUAGAAUUGCUUAAAGCUCAAGCCCAUGUUUGGAAUCACGCUUACAGAUAUAUGGACUCUAUGUCUCUAAAAUGUGCUGUUGAAUUGGGGAUACCCGACAUCAUCCAUAGCCAUGGCGAACCCAUGAGCCUUUCCAAUUUAGUGGGAGCACUCCAUAUUCAACCCUUUAAAGCUCAUUGUCUUGGCCGACUCAUGAGCUUGCUAGUUCAUUCUGGCUUCUUUGUUCAAACUCACGAUGAGAAUGAGCAAGAAGUGAAGUACACUCUCACGUCGACCUCUCGUCUUCUCCUCCGCCACAACACGCCAUUUGAACACAUAUCCCUCUUGCUUUUAAUUUUCAAUAAAGCAAUGAUGGCUUCAUAUGAAACCAUGAGCAGCUGGUUCCGUAGCACAGAUGAACGUCAUAGUUGUGCCUUUGAAACCACUAACGAUAAGUCAGUAUGGGAUUAUGUUGCACAAGAACCUGAUUUUAGCAAUAUAUUAAAUAAGGCAAUGAUGUAUGAUUCUCAACUGAUUGGGAGGGUAGUGACGAGGGAGUGUCGACGGGUGUUCAAAGGGUUAAAAUCGUUGGUCGAUGUUGGUGGCAACAGAGGCUUCAUGGCCAAGGCCAUUGCAGAGGCAUUCCCACACAUCACUUGCAUUGUAUUUGAUCUCCCACAUGUGGUUGAUAACCUCCAACAAACCACAGAAAACUUGAAUUUCAUUGCAGGAAACAUGUUUGAAGCAAAAAUUCCACCAGCAAAUGCAGUCUUACUCAAGUGGGUUUUGCACGAUUGGAAUGAUGAAAAGAGUAUUAAAAUAUUGAAGAACUGUAAAGAUGCAAUUCCAAGUAGAGCCGAGGGUGGAAAAGUGAUAAUUAUAGAGAUGGUGACGGAGAAUCAAAUAGAAGACAAGGAGUCAAUUGAAACUCAACUAUGUGAAGAUGUGUUUACGAUGUCAGUUGUCACUGGUAGAGAGAGAAAUGAAAGCGAAUGGAAGAAUCUCUUCUUAGCAGCGGGUUUUAGUGACUACAAGAUAAUUUCUAUGUUGGGUUUAAGGUCUCUCAUCGAGGUGUAUCCUUAAUAAUCCGAGCCAUUUUCCAUAAAGUCUCAUCCUUUAUGAAAUCAUAAUCCAAUAAGAAAAAUGUGCUCUGUUUAGUUAUUGAAAAGGAGAGAACAGAAAUAAAAAUCCAUCCAAAUGUAAGAUUGUGAAAAAUCAGAAUAAAACUUUUAUAUAUUAUGUUUAC